AAAUAACACCGUCGACGAGACUAUACGAGAGUCACAGCGGCAGCCAGUCAGUGGUACAUUUAGUUUAGGCUGGACGUAAAAGUGGUCAACGUAUCAGCGAAAGAUCAUCGAAUCGAAGCAGAAACUUUUGUUUUCGAACAACGCAGCUGAAUCUGUCAAGGUGAAUUGCAGAUAAACCGAUAGCACACCGUGGAAGCAUCGCGUAGAAAAAAUCGCAUCGGCUGAUACUAAUCAUUCAGGAGGUCCCUUGACCGGCUUAAGUUUUGCACAAGAACGGUGACCUUUUUUCGAAACAAAAAAAAAUGGAUGUCUUUAUGAUGAUCAGACGAAAGAAGACUACUAUCUUCACCGAUGCCAAAGAAACAACGCCUGUAUUCGAGCUAAAACGAAUGAUCGAGGGAAUCUUGAAAGUGCCUCCCAGAGACCAGCGUCUCUACAACAAGGAUAACCAGCUCAUGGAAGACGACCGAACGCUGCAGGACUGUGGAAUCACGGUUGCCACAGCAAAGGCGCAAUGUCCUGCCCAGCUUGGGUUGGCCGUACGGGAUAACGGAGGCGACUUUGAAGUGCUAGAAAUGACACCCUACUCCCUGCCACCAGACCUACCAGACGUUAUGAAGAACCAGGAUUCGGCAAACGGACAGGAUCAGCUCGCCUAAUCGAGAAUUUUGAUUUUAUUUCGCUAUUAAUAUAUCCGCAAAGUUUUUCACAUAGCUCAGCUCCUAUAUGAUCAUAAUUCGUACCUCGACACACACACACCUACACGUACACACCAACUUUAUCUAUGCUCAUACCGUCGCUAUGGCUUCUGCUGUUCCACAGUUUAGUUACGCUUUUAUGGUAAAUUUAUGUGGUAGAAUUUUCGACGUUCAAAAAAUUAGGGCCAUGGAAUAUAACAGCAUCAGCAUCUAUCGCGUUAAAGGGACGUUUGAAUUUUGGAGCACAUAUUGUACAGCAAUAAGGCAACCGCACUUUUCAGCAAACAGUUAUCGUUUUGUGUAUGUUUAUUUUCUACAUUUGUAAUUAAAUUGAGAAUUUAAUAAAUUAGUGCUCGAUUGG